AUGUCACACGCUGAAUCUCGCAAUAAGAUUAGGGAACGCACUGCUCGUAUCUUUUGGGCGGCUGCUUCAGGUCUAGUAGUUGGUGCUGGACUUGGUGCUGUCGAACGGCUUGUUACGGGCAAACCAGUGAUCAGAACAAGAGCAGCCGAUCUAAUGCUCUUAGGAGGUGCUUAUGCAGCUACUGAUAUUAUUCUUAAGGACUACAAGAUGUCCCCAACUUACAAGCCAGUAGUAGCCGGAUGUGUAGCUGGCAUAGUUUCAUCUCGUUCUGGAGUUGGUCUAGUAGUCAACUCAGUCGCUGCUUCAGCACUAGGUAUUGCUCUUAAUAAGCCAAAUAUCUGGAUUCGUGAAUAA